AUGACGACGGAUGAUCAACAACACCAUGGCUCCACGAGCCAGGGAGACAACCCCACGAUACAACAACUCUUGGAAACGAUCCGGAAAAUGCAAGAUGACAUGAGUUCUCAACAAGAAGCUUGGAAGACCGAGAGGGAAACACUACAAAGGGAACUUACAACAGCCCGAUCUAAGUCCAACCCCACGGCAAGAGAGGUGUUAGGCAACGUAGCCAGACGCUUGAAUAUGGAUGACGAGGAAGAGGAACAAUAUGACGAGGAAAUCGAGGUAGAAAACCCAGAACAAAGGGGUCCUGAGGUUAACAACAAUGAUAAUGGUGGAGGUCCGAAUGAUGACAAUGGUGGUCCAGAGAAGCAAGACAAAAAUGACAAACAUGACAAGGGAAACAAGAAGAAGAAGAAGAAGGAAAGCAAAUCCAGUAAGUCACGUAGUCAUGACACGAUGCGCAAAGAGUUACAGGCCCUCAAAGAGAUGGUACAACGCAUUCCUGGGGUACCCAAACCCUUGGAAAAAGCUACGCCCCUGAGUUAUGCAGACUCGCCCUUCUCUGACAGCAUAGCGAUGGUCGAGACCCCGAAGCGAUUUGCAGUCCCACCCAUGAAAGCAUAUGACGGCACGACUGACCCACAGGAGCAUGUGGCGCAAUACAAGCAGAGAAUGUUCACCGUACCCAUCACGAGGGAGCUCAGGGAGCCAUGCAUGUGCAAGGGAUUUGGCUCAACACUCACGGGACCGGCCUUACAGUGGUACGUGGGCCUACCUAACGGGAGCAUUGAGACCUUUGCUGACCUCGUCGACGCCUUCAAUCUCCAGUUUGCAAGUAGCAGAGUGUUUGAAAAAACCACGAGUGACUUGUACAAGAUUACUCAGAGGUACAGAGAACCACUCCGAGAGUACUUGACCAGAUUUAAUCGAGAAAAAGUUACCAUCACCAAUUGUGACAUUCCAACAGCCAUUGAAGCCUUCAGAAGGGGCUUAGAACGGGACUCCCCACUCUACGAUGAGCUAACAAAAUACCCUUGCAAGACUUUAGACGACGUUCAGGCUAAGGCAAUGGCCCAAGUACGAUUGGAGGAGGAUAAGCGGGAUCAUGAUGACAAGUAUUACCGGCCAAACAGGAAGAUCUUGACAACCAAGACCAGAGACUACAGACCAUACUCAAGGGAUACCAGAGACGUGAAGGAGGAACCACGCGUCAACUCAACCCAGGAACAGACAGAUUGGAGGAAGGAUCCCAACCUUCCCCCAACUUAUGACAGUUAUGGAUUCACGAUCACACCAACGGAGAUGAUGAGGGAGUUCACCAAGAUGGGAGAUACGGUCAAGUGGCCGGUUAAGAGCAACAAACCAAAAGCUAACCCUGAGUCGAAGUUGUGGUGUGAUUAUCAUGGCGAUUAUGGACACAAAGCCUCCGACUGUGUUGCGUUGCGACGUGAACUCCAAUACCUGGUCCGCAAAGGAUACUUGACAGAAUUCAUGGCCAGCAAGGCGACGGGUGUCAUACGCGACUCUCCACACAAGACCCCUUCAAAGCAACUGCCACCACCACCAUACCACAAGAUCAUAAACUUCAUAGCUGGAGGUAGUGAGAUUAGUGGAACUACGUACUCACAAGCAAAACGUGUGGCUAGGGGAAAAGCUCCACAGAUGAUGGUGGUUGCUGAAAAGAAUGACACGACACCUGCACUUGUAUUUGGCGACCCUGACAGACAACAUGUGAUGGAGCCUCAACAUGACAGCCUGGUGAUAUCGCUACCCGUCGGUAACUGUUUCAUCAAGCGGAUCAUGGUGGACAACGGCAGUGCUGCCAACAUAAUGAUGAAGGACACAUUACGACAAAUGGCCCUUGAAGACAGUGACAUGAUCAAGAAACCAACCACUCUAGUGGGAUUCAGUGGCGAGACGAAGAGAACCAUUGGAGAAAUCACACUGCCUACGUAUGUCAAAGGCAUCAACAUAUUGACCAAGUUUCUGGUCAUAGAUUGCGACUCAACAUACAACAUAAUCAUGGGUAGGCCUUGGAUUCAUGACCUACAAGCCGUGCCCUCCACUUUCCAUCAAGUUCUCAAAUUUCCAACACCUUGGGGGGUCCAGGAAAUACGAGGAGAACAAAGUGUGGCGAGAGAGUGUUACAAGACAUGUAUGAAGCCUACGGUUCAGUGUGACAGCACGCAGGACAACAGGGUGCCUAUAAGUGGACCAGAAAAACUAGCAGAAGUAGACUUGGCAGAUGGAGACAAGAAAGUUCUUGUGGGAGAAGACUUAACGCCCACCUUGGAAGCAAACCUAAUUGAAUUCCUCACGACACGACUGGACGCCUUCGCAUGGGAUCACGAAGAUAUUACGGGAAUCAGCCCAGACGUCAUCACGCACAAGUUGAACGUGGAUCCAGAUUUUAAACCUAUACAGCAGAAGAGGAGGAAGUUUGCUGCUGAAAGGAACAAAAUCGUUAAUGAGGAGGUAUCACGUCUGUUAAAAGCAGGAAUGAUCAAAGAAGUUGAAUAUCCGGAAUGGCUAGCCAAUGUGGUCAUAGUGCAGAAAAAGAACGGCAAAUGGAGGGUCUGCGUAGACUACACUGACUUGAACAAGGCAUGCCCAAAAGACCCCUUCCCACUGCCUCACAUCGACACGAUGGUGGACUCCACGGCUGGACAUGAACUGUUGACAUUUUUAGACGCCUCGAGUGGAUUCAAUCAGAUUCAGAUGGAACCUAGUGAUGCCGAAAAGACAGCCUUCAUCACGGAGAGAGGCAUAUACUGCUACUUGGCCAUGCCAUUUGGCCUACGCAAUGCAAGUGCUACUUUCCAAAGACUAGUCAACAAAAUGUUCAAACAACAAAUCGGACGCACUAUGGAGGUGUACAUUGAUGACAUGGUGGUCAAAUCAAAGCGAGCAGAAGACCACGUCAGGGACCUAAAGGAAGCAUUCGACAUACUACGUGAAUUCAACAUGAAGUUAAACCCCAACAAAUGCAACUUUGCUGUUUCCUCCGGGAAAUUCUUGGGACAUAUGGUGACAAGGAGGGGGAUUGAAGCCAGCCCUGAGCAAGUCAAGGCAAUAUUUGACCUGACAAGUCCAUCCAACGUGAAGGAGGUCCAAAAGUUGACGGGAAGAGUGGCUGCACUGAACAGAUUCAUCUCACGGUCAUCUGACAGGUGCAAGAUGUUUUAUGAUGUCUUGAGGAAGAACAAAGGGUUCGAAUGGACGCCUGAGCAUGAAGAGGCACUCAGGGCCUUGAAAAAAUACCUCACCACACCUCCACUUCUUGCCAAGCCCAUACCAGGAGAAGAACUUUACCUUUAUCUCUCCGUCACGGAACAUGCCGUCAGCAGUGUGCUUGUGAAGCAGGUCGACAACACACAGUUCCCAGUCUAUUAUGUCAGCAAAAGUUUGAUUGACACGGAGACAAGAUACACACCUCUGGAAAAGCUAGUCUUGGCCCUAGCCAUGACUUCGACGAAGCUGAGGCACUACUUCGAGACACACAAAAUCCGGGUGAUGACCAACUUCCCCUUAAGGAUGGUAUUGAGCAAACCAGACAUGACCGGACGCAUGGCGAAGUGGUCCAUCCGCCUGAGCACUUAUGACAUCGUCUACGAACCCCGAACCGCCAUAAAAUCACAAGCACUGGCAGAUUUUGUGGCUGAUUUCAGUCCGAGUCUCAUGACGCAGGCAGAGGUGGAGUGUCAACAGUUGACGACGAGACAGGACCAAGAGCCUUGGAUCUUACACACAGACGGAGCGUCAAACGUGAAUGGCACCGGAUUAGGACUCGUCCUCAAAUCGCCACAGGGAGACACCAUGCCAUAUGUAAUAUGCUGUGACUUCAAAGCAACAAACAACGAGGCUGAGUACGAGGCACUAAUUAUGGGACUGAUCAUCGCAAAAGACUUAAAGGUUAAACACAUCAAUAUCAACUGUGAUUCUCUUCUAAUUGUUAAUCACGUCAAUGGCUCUUACGAAGCUAAAGACACCAAAAUGUCAUUAUACCUUAACACUGUGAAACAACUACAACACUCGUUUGACACGUUCAACAUUCAACAGGUGCCUAGAGAACUCAACACGCAAGCUGACGCCUUGGCAGGACUGGGUGCUGUCAUGAAAAACAACAACAUUCUCAACGUCCCAAUUAUUCACGUCCUGAAACCAGCCAAUGUAAGGACAGAGGACCAGAUGACAGCCCACAUAAUGGACAUAGAGGAAGCAUGCUGUGACAAAGACAAAUGGAUCCAGACAUAUAAGGACUACCUCCAGCUAGGAGACCAACCCACUGAUCGUAAUGAAGCCAGAAUACUACGCAUGAAGGCCUCAAGGUUCGUCAUGAUAGAUGAAGUCCUAUUCAAGAAGUCAGCAACUGGGCUCUUGCAGAGAUGUCUCACCAGCAGUGAAGCAGAUGUAGUAUUACGAGAUCUUCACGAAGGAGAAUGCGGAAAUCACACAGGGGGAAGGAACUUGUCACUCAAAGUGCUAAGAAUGGGAUACUAUUGGCCUACCGUAAGGCAAGACGCCAUAGAUUACGUCAACAAGUGUGACGCUUGUCAACGCCAUGCACCUGUCAUCCACCAGCCAUCAGAGCACCUGCACACCUCAAUACCGUCGUGGCCCUUCAUGAAGUGGGGGAUGGAUGUUGUCGGGAAGCUGCCCACUGCGCCAGGUCAGAAAGUAUUCAUGCUUGCCAUGACGGAUUAUUUCUCUAAGUGGGUGGAGGCAGAAGCCUACCGUCGGGUGACGUCAAAGGAGGUCAUCUCAUUCAUAAAGAAGAACAUUCUCUGUAAAUUCGGAGUGCCAUCAGAAAUUGUGUGCGACAAUGGGUCCCAAUUCAUAAGUGACAAAACUGAAGCUUUCUGCAAGAAGUACAAUAUAAACUUAGUGAAGUCAACACCUAGAUACCCGCAGGCCAACGGCCAGGCAGAGUCGAGCAACAAGAUCAUCAUCAACAACCUCAAGAAGAGGUUGGCAUCUUGCAAGGGAAGAUGGGCUGAAGAACUGCCUUGGGUCUUGUGGGCAGACAGGACGACACCAAAAGUUUCUACGGGACAGACGCCUUUUAGCUUGGUCUAUGGAGCAGAGGCAGUCUUGCCAACAGAGGUCACAAUGCCAACAGCGAGAUAUGGACUUCUCACCCAGGAAGCAAAUUCCACAGAACUGGUUCACGACCUAGACACCAUAGAUGAAGCCAGGGAUAUGGCCAAGAUGCGGCUAGCCGCUUACCAACAGCAAGUUGCCAGAAGCUACAACAAGCAUGUUCACGUCCGGACAUUCAGGAUAGGCGACAUGGUUCUGAGAAAAACCUUCCAGAAUACAACGGACCCAGCUGCGGGAAAGUUUGCGGAUACUUGGGAAGGACCGUAUUUGGUCGAUGCAAUUGUUGGACAAGGGGCUUACCACCUGUCGACAUUGGAGGGGAAACAGGUUCCCAGAAGUUGGAAUGCACUACACCUAAAAGCUUAUCACAUGUAG